CAUGGUUACAAACAACUAAAUGUAUCAUCUGGUCCAAUAUUUUUCAUAAUGGCGUCAAAGAAACAAUCACAAGAGCAAGUUAUUGCUGGUUUUCAAGAACUGAGACAGCAACAAAGGCAAAUUGUUGGCAAAGUAUCAGACAUUGAGAUGGACAUGAAAGAACACGAGCUGGUGAUUGAGACACUGAAGGAAGUAGAUGAGAACAGGAGAUGUUUCCGAUUGGUUGGAGGCGUCCUGGUAGAGAGAACUGUGAAAGAUGUCCUCCCAGCCCUUGUUAAUAAUAAAGAGCAGAUGGGAAAAGUUGUAGAGAAUUUAAACAAAUCUCUCGAACAAAAGGGACUUGAAAUUAACAAAUACAGAGAGACCCACAAUUUGAAAAUCAAGGGUGAAGAGUCAAAGGAGCCCGAGAAGCAAGGUCACGGUCAGGAUACCUCCAAGGCUGGUGGGGUCCUGGUGGCCAAGAACAGCUGAGCUGGUGACCUUGGAGGCUGCCCGCCGACGUACAUCUGACACUUGGAUGUGUGUGUGGGGAGGGGGGAGGGGGCGCAGCAAUUACUAUAUAGUCUACCAGCUGAAAUUCAUACUUUGCUUGUGUGUGUGCUUCUAUCAGGUAUUAAAAAUCUGUGUAGUAUGUGGCAGUGACAAAGACACAAAAUGUUAAGACUUGGGUUCCUGACUAAGGUUGAAUCAUUUAUCUGUUACUGAUCAUUUAUGACAUGUAAAUUAUUUUUUACAUUAAUUGGUAUUUUUGUUUGUAACAGGAAAAGACUUAAAAGGCUCUAUAAAGGUGAAGAUACGUAAUUAUUUACAGAUUUUUAAAUAUUUUUUUCAUAUUUUAUUUAUAAAGGUUAUCAAAAAACAAUAUAUAUAUGCUAUUGGACACAAUAAUAAAAAAAAUGAGCAAUACAACUUGUUUUGAGCUAAAAAUAAAGUGUCCUCCAAGUCAAUUCUGUUUACAAACCAUCAGUUUAUUUGCAUCGCUGUUUAUUCGUGAUAGAGAAAGUGAAAGUGACUUAGGUAACCAAAAAUAUAACAAUGACUUUGAACGUUUUCCAGUAUCACUCACAAAGUAGGUCUCUUCUAAAUGGUUAAAACGUUUCUAGUGAUUUAAUAAGUUACUUUCUGCUGGUAAAAAGUUGUUAAAAUAGUUUAAAAUUGAACUUUCUUUUGGCUAUUUUUAGCAUAUGUCAACGCUCUGAGGCUACACAUCACGUUAGUUGCAAAAAUGUAAACAUUUGUUCCAAAUAUGAAACGGGUUUAUCUUCCAUAAUUCUUGACAACGUUGUACCUAAGCUGUGUUAUUAGCAGUUUUUAUGCAAGAGUAACUGAAAUCCUGUAAAAAUUAGACCAGUUGUUAUGCAUAAUAAUUGGAUUUGUGACCUUUAUAGAGCCUUUAAAAGGUACUGUAAGUGCAGAAAAUAUAGUUCUCAUUUAAUUGCAUUUUAUGUUGUCAGUUCAUGAAAGAAUAUUUUAUCGUUCUUCAGCUUUGUUAAUCUGUUUGUAAACAGAUACUGGUUUGAUUUAGCGCUUAUUUUUAAACUCCUUGGGCUAAGUCCAACACUGUUUAAUUACUGCACGUCACAAAUGUACAUCUUUACUGAUGUUCAUGUAGACAACUCAAAAUGUAAAAUUGUUUUUUUAAUGGGACUUGUUCACAGAUUUUGAUAUGUUUUUAAAUUUGUCAGUAAAAGCUUUAAAUUGAUUAACAUGGUUUCUAAAAAACUACAGUAUUAAACAAGAAAUAUAUGUAGAGAAUAAAGUUACCCUGACUCGUCCCACUGACCCUUUGAGUAAAAGUCUAACACUUAAUUACACCAUUCGGCCAUCUGUUAUUAUACACAUCGUUUAGAUUUUUAUGCCCCCUGUAGGGUGGCAUAUAGCAGUUGAACUGUCCGUCAGUCCGUCUGUCAGUCCGUCUGUGCGUCCUUCCAAAAACUUAAACAUUGGCCAUAACUUUUGCAAUAUUGAAGAUAGCAAGUUUAUAUUUGGCAUGCAUGUGUAUCUCAUGAAGCUGCACAUUUUGAGUGGUGAAAGGUCAAGGUCAUCCUUCAAGGUCAAGAGUCAUAAAAUACAAUCCAAGGGAAGUAAUAAGCUUUAAAAGGGAGAUAAUUUCUAAACCUUCCAAAUGAUAUAUUGAAAUUGUAUUUCAAAGCGGCACAAUAGGGGGCAUUGUGUUUCUGACAAACACAUCUCUUGUUUUACUUAAUAUAUGCAAUCCAGGUAGUGUCACAAAAUAUUUUGUUAACAACAGAACUCUCCAAAUUAUUUCAUUGUUUUGCAUUUGUAACGCUUUAUAAUUAUCAGACUUUUAAAUCGUCAAAAGAUGCAUAUGAUGGAUAUUUUAGAGCAUGGUAUAUGUUCAGUAAUAUUGUGUCCUCCCAAAUAACAUAACUACAACAAAAAAUUGCAAAUCUGAAACUUUUUUUCAAUUUUGUCAAUUUAACCAAACUGUGAACAGGUCCCUUUAAUUAUAGUCUUUUUUAUAAAGUUACUGAUGCACAGACACACAUAUUUACUAUAUAACAUUUACUGUGAAGGAGUGUGAAAAGAGAGAUAAUACUGGCAAUGUUUUAUUACUUUUAUUUUUAGGUUGGUUGCAUAUAAAAUUGCAUUUCAGUAAAAAUAGUAGAAAAUGUUUAAUAAAUGUUAUAGGAU